AUGGUUGAAAAGCGGCCUGCACGAGGCGGCCGUGGCGGUGGCAUGCGCGGAGGUGCUCGUGGCGGUCGUGGAGGCUUUGGUGGAGGCCGUGGAAGCUUUGGUGGAGGCCGUGGAAGCUUUGGUGGAGGACGAGGUGCCCCACGAGGUGCAUCAAGAGGAGGUCGUGGUCGUGGAAGAGGAUUCUAAUGGGUUGUGCGUGCGGCUUUUGUUGUUUUCUUUUUUUAUUUUGUGUAUACUGCGUUUCUGUCGACAUGAUAAAUACACUUUUGGCUGCCUCAGCCAUCAUUAGACUUGUU